UUAUCCGCAGAAAUACGGAAUUGUUAAAUUGCCUCUCUUUUUGAUUUUGCGUUUCGCGCAGCGUUCAACUCGAAUUUCAGGGGGGGAAGAGAGAUUAGGCCAAAUGGAUUGUUGAGAGGCCAAUGCACAUGGCACAUCCUGCUGUCAACCAUUCAAAGUUUUGUGAGUUGGUCACGGCGGAUAAAAGAUGCUGCCCCACACCUUUGUAUAAAAAAGAGACAGCUUGAAGGUUCCCCCGUCGUGACAAGUUCCAAGCACGAUUCUAUCAUGCCUCGCCUCUCCCUCCUUGUAGUGUCGGUUCUAGCUGCGCUGGCCAAUGGCCAGGAAGCGACCAGCAUUGGACACCUUGGCCUUCCACACAACAUGACACUGGGUCUCAUUUCCUUUCAAAACGACUUUAUCGAGCUGGCUGGGCAUGGGCAGCGAUUCGACCUGCAGUGUGGCACUCUGUUGGGUUCGACGAAUGGCCGGAUGUGGGCCGGGCCCGAAACUCCUUUAGAGAUGAGCAAAAUUGGAACAGGGUCGGUAGAAGUCGACAUUAACGGUAGUCAGUUGUGCUUCCGAACCAACUCUACUCGACCUUGCGUUAUCAAGAGUGUGAACCUUUUCAACGAAACGCACUUUCGGUCACUUGCAGACUUUCCUCGCGGUUCCAUCUUUGAUGACUGUUACGAGAGGGGCAUCAUUACUGUCAAAGAAGGGCACAAGCCUUGUAUCAAUCUCCGCUUUCUGAAUGUAUGUAGUGGGCUAGCGUUAGGGUUCGGCAUGCGUUACCCAGGCAGUGAUUGCACUCAGGCUUUCCAGUGCGUGCCGGAGAGCGGGGAAUAUCUACACAACCAAGAGCUCUAGUUGUAACGUAGCUGCUCUUUUCGUUGUCUGUAAUCUAUGGUAUUUUGUUGCAUACUAUGGGCUAUGAUUCGGGGGAGGAAAUAUGACAAGUCCAGCGCUCUAGUAUGUGCAUGGGAGGGGUACUGAAUCCAAACAUUUCCAGUGCCAAUAUUAAAAUUUCUUUUUUGCCCUGCCCAAUGAUCGGAACCCAAACAUGUUUUGUUUAUUUUGGAAAUGUAAAACCCAUCCUCAAAAACCUGGCAAGAAGUAUGUGGCAACCAGUACGAUCAUGACAAUGCAGAGAUGAUAAAGUAAUGAUGAUGACAAGCAGAGUAAGACAAAAACGACAACGACGACGACGACCUUUAGUUGUUUAACAAGUCAGCAAAAGGUGUGAAAUUUCACACUUCCAACCUGCGCGUUUCGUGCGUUUUGUUUGC